AUGAUCGUCUCACGCCUUACCGUCUUCGCGGCGUUCUGCGCCGGCCUUGUUGCUGCUCUUCCCACCCCCGACCCCGGUGUGCACAGCUUCAUCCGGCGCGAUGCCACUGCCGCCUCCAUCGUCGGCUCCGUCAUGCCCAAGUCGUUGUCGUGCGCCAACGCCGACUAUUCGGACCAGUGCGCCACCAACGUCCAAGCCGCGCCGUACUUUAUCAGUGCCAUGGUCAAGUGGGGCAUCACCACCGCCCCCGAAAUUGCCGCCGUCCUUGCCCUCGUCGCCGUGGAGUCGGGUGAGCUCCGCUACCGUCACUCCGAGUUCCCCAAGGUCGCGGGCAAAGGCACCAGCAACAUGCAGUCCCCUGCCUACAAUGCCAAGUACGCCGCCGCGAUCCCCGAGCUGGCAUCGGGCGUGGCCGCGGCCAACGGUGACCCAGACGCCGUCCUGGCUCUCCUGACCGUCGACGACUACAACUUCGGCUCCGGCGCCUGGUUUCUGUCGAGCCAGUGCGCCGGCAUCCGCAGCCAGCUGCAGACAAACACGGACGACGGCUUCGUUGCUUACAUGGGCUGUGUGGGUGCCCCCAUGACGAGCGAACGCCUGGAUUACUGGCACACUGCACAGAAAGCGUUUGGCUUAUAG